GGCACCGAGCGCACCCCCGGCCCCGCCGCAGCCCGAGCCCCGGGCGGCCGCGGCUGCUAUGCGGCUUCGCGGCGCACGGCCUGCACCGGGUUUGCGCCGACACCUGCCUGAAGCCGAGUCGCCUGAGGAUUAAGGGACGCUUGGCCCCGAGCAGGGGGACGCCACGUUGACCCCCGAGGCUGCCGACCUCUGGAAGGUGCCUGGUCACCGAGGGAAGGGGUGAUGUGCCAGGCUGCUGCCUCAACCUGUUGAGCCUGCAGAAGUUCUGGUGUCUGCUCCGGGUGAACAGCGGCAGCAUCACUCUGAUCCCAACGAGCUGCCGGUGCCCGUGGCUGCAGACGGAGCCUUCGAGAGGAGACGCUGGGGAACGGCUGAGGGGCGUCAGGGGGCACAUCCUUCUGCCCUGACCCCCCCACGGCGCUCCAGACCUUCCACUGCCCUCCCCCCGGGCCCCAGCAGCCCCCUCACAGGGCUGUCCCCCCCCGGCGCUGCCCAGCCUUGGCCUCCGGCCCCGCUGGAGCGCGGCAGCGUGCCGGGCUCUGCCCCCGGCGCCUCCCGGGCGCUGCCCCCCGGGUGCAUCGCCCCCCGGCCCGCUGGGGACCCGGCGCCCUCGGGCAGAGCCAUGAAGCUGCAGGCGGUGAUGGAGAACCUGCAGCGGCAGCAGCGCGCCCGGCUGCAGCAGGCGCUGGAGGCUCGGCAGCAGGAGCAGCAGCAGCAGCGCUCCACGCCGCCCCCGGCGCAGCCCCCACCGGCCCCAGGGCAGACCCCCGCCAGCACCCCGGCCCGGGGACGUGGCCAGGAUGCGGCCCCGGCACCCUCAGAGGAAGGAGCGGAGCCUGAGAGCGCGCACAUCCAGCGGGCGCAGAUGGCUGCCCUGGCUGCCAUGCGGGCAGCGGCCGCCGGCCUCAGCCACUCGUCCAGCCCGGGGCUGUCGGAUGAGAGCCAGGCCUCUGAGGAGGAGGAGGAGGAGGAUGAAGUGCGUGGUGAGGAGGAGGAGGAUGGCGGGUACCAGCAGGAGAUGGGCUCUGAGGAAGAAGAAGAUCUGAAGGGCAAGUGGGAUGAAGAUGACUUUGAAGAGGACCUGGGUGAGGAAGAGGAGGAAGAAGAAGAAGAGGAGGAGGAGGAAGAAGAGGAAGACUACGAGGAGGAGGAAGACAUGGGAGAGGAAGGGCUGAGCUCGGCAGAGGCGGUGCGGGCGGGCGCGGGGUCCCUGCUGCUCCGCAAGCCCCCGGCCCCUCAGCACUACCGGGGCGAAGCGCAGCGGCUGCCGGGCGGGCAGGAGCGAGUCCCCUCCGGGCUGGGCCACACGCAGCCCCCACCACCGGCCCCCGACCACGGCGACUGGACCUACGAGGAGCAGUUCAAGCAAUUGUACGAGCUGGAUGGUGACCCCAGGAGGAAGGAGUUCCUGGAUGAUCUCUUCAGCUUCAUGCAGAAGCGAGGGACCCCCGUGAACCGCAUCCCCAUCAUGGCCAAGCAGGUGCUGGACCUGUACAUGCUGUACACGCUGGUGACGGAGAAAGGGGGCCUGGUGGAGGUGAUCAACAAGAAGCUGUGGCGGGAGAUCACCAAAGGGCUGAACCUGCCCACGUCCAUCACCAGCGCUGCCUUCACCCUGCGCACACAGUACAUGAAGUACCUGUACCCCUACGAAUGUGAGAAGCGAGGGCUGAGCAACCCCAACGAGCUGCAGGCGGCCAUCGACAGCAACCGGCGGGAGGGCCGGCGGCAGGGCUUCGGCAGCUCCCUCUUCACCUACUCGCCCAGCGGCACCCACGGCCUCCUCUCCUCUCCCAAGCUGCCGGUGCCGGCGCUGGGCUUGGCCUCCUCCACCAACGGCGGGUCCAUUGCUCCUGGCCAGAAGAUCAAGAAAGAGGAGGACUCCCCCAUCCCCAUCUCCAUGCCCAGCCGGCUCCCCGUCUCGCUGGCCGGUCACCCCGUGGUGGCAGCGCAGGCGGCCGCGGUGCAGGUGGCAGCAGCCGCUCAGGCCGCUGCUCUGGAGCAGCUGCGGGAGAAACUGGAGUCAGGGGAACCCCCGGAGAAGAAGAUGGCUCUGGUGACGGACGAGCAGCAGCGGCUGAUGCAGCGGGCGCUGCAGCAGAACCUCUUGGCCAUGACGGCUCAGUUGCCCAUGAGCAUCCGCAUCAACAGCCAGGGCACCCGCUCGCCAGAGAGCCGCCAGGACUCGGCCGCCGCGCUCGGCAGCAACGGCACCAACAGCAUCAGCAUGUCGGUUGAGAUCAACGGUAUCGUCUACACAGGUGUGCUGUUCGCCCAGACGCCCGGCCCUUCCUCCUCAUCCUCCUCCUCCUCCUCCUCGCUCCCAUCCUCUGCCUACAGCAAAGGCAACGGCAGCGGCCGGAGCAGCGGCAGCAGCGCUGGGGUGGGGAGCAGCGGCACCAGUGUCCCCCCAGCCACAGCCCCAGCCGCUCUGGCUGUGCCCCCAACCUCUACCUCCAACAACACUUCGCCUUAACACCCCCCUCAGCCCCUUCCUCUCUCUCUCUCAGGGCUGGGGGAGAGGGAGAGGGGGAUCUCACCAGGAUCUGGAUGAGUUGUACUCUUCUUUUUGUGGUGUUGGGGGUUUUGUUUUUGACCUUUGCAAGGCAGAAAAGCUUUAAUUCCGGGGGGAGAAGGGGAGAAGGGGGCGUGUUUUUACCAGAGCUGUGGUCUGGAACCGUUUUACCUCACUCACAUCACACUUUGCACUGUACAUUUAUUAUUAUUAUUAUUAUUAAUUAUUAUUGUUGAACUCGUGUUACCUCCAGACAGACGCCAGGACGCCUGCUGACACGAGCUUUAGUACAAAACCCACCCCCUUCCCUCCCUCCUUCCCCCCCCCUACUCUCCCCAACACUCUAAAAAGCCACAAAACCCCCCCAAAACAACAACAAAGAGAUUGGAAAUGACAGUUCCAAUAUCCAUUAAGAUCCUUUUUCCCUCCCCACACCUCUCCCUCACCUUUAUUCUUUGAGGACUACACUCACUAGACUGGAUUUCUGCUUUUUGCCAGAGGUUGGUUGAUUGUGGGGUUGGUUUUGGUUGUAAAUAGCUUCUAUUUUAUUCUCAGAAAAGACAAAGGAAAAUGGAACUUUUUUAACAUGCAAAUGAUAUAUUUUAGUGUUCAUCAGGGAAAUGGGAGUGGGAUGCACAAUAAGAGGAAAGGAAGAGGGCUGUGGGAUGCUGAAGUGUCCUUUGGGACCUCUGGAGCAUCCCACAGCCCCCAAAAGAUUUCUUUGAAGCAUCUCUCCAACCAGACUUCAGGUUUUUAACCCUUAUUUUUCAGCCUUUUUUCUUACUCCCCACUCCACAUCUGCGUGAGACACAAUCACCACCCCCCCUUCCCUCCCCCAAACUCAGUUCCUCAGGUCACAACCUCAAGCACAGGGUUGUUUUGGUCCCCCCCCUCCUUUCCCUCCUUUCCCCAGGUGCCUGGGGGGGGACACACACACACACUCACCCAACCUACCUUCCCCUUAUGUUUUGGGGUGAUCUCAGGGGAUUUGGGGUUUAUCCAGCUUUUUCAAGGGGGAGUGUUUCAACCUCCUCAUCACCCCCCCUCAACACAUCCCCAGAGCUGGAAACACCCCUCAGUGGCUCCAUAGACCCCAAACCUUUGGGGGAGGGAGGGAUGGGGAGGGUUUGGGGAGGGGGCUCCGUCCACUUUUGGGAUCCAACCCAACUCCCCACAAGGAGAAAUCCUGGAGGGGGGUGAGUGGGGCAGCAAAUUUCUUAUGCCCAGAGUGGGUGUUAGAUUUCCUUAGUGAGUUUCUUUCCAUUUGUACAGUCACUGCUUUGGGUUGGUUAAGGGGGGGGUUUAGUUAUUUUUAUCCCCCUUUCCCCUCCCUUUCUUUACUUUUGUUUUGGAGAGCAUUUUAACUUCCACUUUUCUUUUUGCAUAUCGAUUUAAAGAGGAAAAAAAAACCUUAAAAAAAAAAAAGCUUCAAAUCAAUUUAUCUGGGGUUUGGAAAGAGAAAAGGAAAAGCCCUAGAAAAGAGCAUUUUACCCAGCGUGUAUCUUUUAACUCAGGUAAAAAAGAGGAAAAUAAGCAGGAAAAAAAGACAAAAAAAAGGAAAAAAAAACCCCAUCCCUCAUAAAAAAAAGGAAGAAAAGACAAAAAAAAUAAAGAAGAAGAAUAAAAACCACAUUCUACCUCUGAGAGGGGCUCAGCCAGGGCCCCCAGUGAAAGAUUUCAGUUGUUGCUUUGGUUGUUUUUUGUUUUGCAAACAUUCAGGUAUUGAGAAAAAGGUUUUUGAUUGUUGAAAGAAAAAAAAAAAAACAACGAAAAACCCACAAAAAAAAAGAUAAAAAAGAGAAAAUUUAAAGGAAAAAAAAAACCAGAGAAAAUAAAACCUAAAAACCACUGAAAGUUUACAUUUUAUAACAUUAUUAUACAGAUUGUAUUUAAGCUGCAGAAUAUUUAAGACAAUUGUAACCCUGUA